AUGGGACUCAACCACAAUAUUGAUCAGCUACUCAUGCCGGAAAAUGAUCGGGGCAUAUCAAUCUCUCCGAAAUCAAAGCCUGAGAAAGGAAACAAGAAGAUCGUGAAAAUGCUGUACAACGCCCUGGCACGAGGUGACGCCGACACCAUUGCUAGGGUUGUGGCCCCCGACCUUGAAUGGUGGUUCCAUGGACCUCCGCAAUGCCAACACAUGAUGAAGAUACUCACCAGAGAGUCGAUGCACUCGGAGUUCAAGUUCAGGCCUCGGAGCAUCGUGGCCGUCGGCGACCGCGUGAUCGUGGAGGGAUGGGAUGGAUUUUAUAAGGUGUAUUGGGUGCACGUGUGGACGCUUAAGGAAGACAUGAUUGUGCAAUUCCGUGAGUAUUUCAACACGUUGCUCACGGUGUUGCUUAGGAUUCUCGAAACCGGAGAUGAGACUCUGGUGUGGCGAAGUGACCCCAGGGAGAUUUCAAAGCGCUCGCUGCCGGACCUUGUGCUGGCUAUCUAG